CAGGGAGAGACCGCCUACCCCCGGCCAAGGGCUCGCUAGCCAUGAGGCGGGGCUCCCAGACCCGGCGGGGCGUGGCCAGACCAUGGCGACCGCGGAGCCCAGCGGGCACGCGGCGCGAGCGUCUAGUCCUGGACCUCGGCCUGGCGGGGCCGCAGACCGCGCGGCGGGAGCUGCGGGGCCGCCCUGCGGGCGAAGCUGCAGCAGAGUCCCCCGGCUGGGGGAGCGGACCCCGGCGGCUGUGGAGAAGCGGGGGCCGUACAUGGUGACGCGAGCGCCUUCCAUUCAGGCCAAGCUGCAGAAGCACCGGGACCUGGCCAAGGCCGUUCUGCGGAGAAAAGGCAUGCUGGGGGCCUCACCGAAGCGCCCUGACUCUUCAGGGAAAAGGUCAGUGAAGUUUAACAAGGGCUAUACUGCCCUUAGUCAGAGUCCAGAUGAAAACCUGGUGUCCCUCGACUCUGACAGUGAUGGGGAGCUGGAAUCCAGAUACUCUUCCGGGUAUUCCUCUGCAGAGGUGAACCAAGAUGUGAGCCGGCAGCUGCUCCAGGAUGGGUAUCACCUAGAUGAGAUUCCAGAUGAUGAGGACUUGGAUCUCAUUCCCCCCAAGCCUAUGGCCUCCUCAACGUGCUCCUGCUGCUGGUGCUGUCUUGGGGACUCUUCCUCCUGUACCCUCCAGUAGACAUAACCCUCUAAGAUGGGCUCUGCUGGCAUAGCAAGCAGGGCCCUGUUGGCCAUUAUUCAUAGUUCACAGAGAGCAGUGGGAACUACAGUCAGCCCCAGAACUACUGAAGGCACUGACCCUCUGGGAAGGUCAGUGACCUGCAGUUACCUGGUGCUUCUCAGGCCAGAGGCCUCCAUCUGGGCCACAGGGUAAUAGGUGGCAUUCUGCAAUUCUCCUCUGCUAUUGGAGCAGAGUUUGGAGAAACCACUUUAAUAAGGGCAAGAACAGAAGAAUUCUGGUUCUUAUGGUGAGUGACAAAGUUGGCUAAGAAAAACACUUGCAGACUUCUUGACUGGUAUUUGUCAUCAUGCUCUAGGGAGGGAAAAAGAGAGCUUUUGUGCCCAGGCUCUGCUGGAUCAUGUUAUAUGGAGGCAGAAAAUAGCAUUUUAUGGCUUGCAACUGGGACUCGUUGAAAGAGAAUUCAACUCUUGGGGACCAGUUCAAGAAAGUCCAUGUGUUCUCCUCUUCCUAGCUCCAAGAUGGGUUACGUGUUUGACCUUCAAGAGAGCAUAAAGCAGGGCCCUUUGGCCCUCAUCUGGUUGUGCCUGUCCAUGGCAGGGAGUACAGCAGGUUGCUUGAUGGUACAGCAGGAUCAAGGCUUCCAGAAUCACUGGCCUCAGGGUAUCCUGGUCCAACUGUCUGGGUGGGUUUAGUGACUCUGGUCAUCCCAUCUCUAGUUAGAGAAGAACUGCUCCACUAUGUACCUGUUUGUCUUGCCUUGGUCACCAUUCUUUGCCUUGGUGUUAGCUAGUUUCUCCACCCAGUCUUGGAGCUAAAGCUUGGGUGAAGGGACUGGAGCUUGCCCCAGAAGCCUGCAGUUUUUGAUUACCAGUAGAGGGAGCUGCAGGGAGCAGUCAGGUGCCUUCCUGUUUGUUUAGCUUUUUAAACUUGAGAAGUAGCAACGGAUGAGAAGUGUACUGGCACAGUUAUGUGGGUUUUGAUAUAGACAGAAGCUCUGAGACAGGACAGGGAGGAGGGACCUGUGCCAGCUCCCAAGUCCCCUGCCUGAGGAGAUAAUUUGCCAUUGUAGAGGGCCUCCCUUCACCCCAGUGUGGGCCAUUCUAUUGGGUCCAGCCCUCCAGAUUCCUCUGACCACUGCAUGGGCCUUGCAGUGGAUACUCAGGAUUGGGCUUUACAGUAAACUUCUG